ACAAUUUUGCACUACGGACUCUCAUCAGCUGAACACAGUCUGCCUUGUGUGCCAUAUUGUCUCUGAGACAGCAAAAAUAUUCGUUAUCAUAUCUUAGAAAAGAAAGAAACUGACACCACGCCGGCGAAGAAGAUUCCCCACCAGCUAGUUUCAUCUAAAAGUUGUUCAGAGGUGCCACCUCAGUCUGUGGCCCGCUGCCGGUGUGCUGUAUUGUUUCCUCUUCGUGGCAAUAAACCCUACUCACCUCUGCCAAGCUGUCGGACAUGUCAGGACCUGUGCCGAGUCGGGCCCGCGUUUACACAGAAGUGAACACGCACCGUCCCAGAGAGUACUGGGAUUAUGAGUCCCAUGUUGUUGAGUGGGGAAACCAAGAUGAUUUCCAACUGGUCCGCAAACUGGGGCGAGGAAAGUACAGUGAGGUGUUUGAGGCAAUCAACAUAACAAACAAUGAGAAAGUUGUGGUAAAAAUACUCAAGCCUGUGAAGAAGAAGAAAAUAAAGCGUGAGAUAAAGAUUCUUGAGAACCUGCGUGGGGGCCCUAACAUCAUCUCCCUUAUAGAUAUUGUCAAAGAUCCAGUGUCCCGAACACCUGCCUUGGUUUUUGAACAUGUAAACAACACAGACUUUAAGCAAUUGUAUCAGACACUGACAGACUAUGACAUUCGGUUCUACAUGUAUGAGAUCCUAAAGGCUCUUGAUUACUGCCAUAGUAUGGGCAUUAUGCACAGGGACGUGAAACCACAUAAUGUCAUGAUUGACCAUGAACACAGGAAGUUGCGUCUUAUUGACUGGGGUCUGGCUGAGUUCUACCAUCCAGGGCAGGAAUACAAUGUCAGAGUUGCUUCUCGCUACUUCAAAGGACCAGAGCUCCUUGUGGACUAUCAGAUGUAUGACUACAGUCUUGACAUGUGGAGUCUUGGUUGCAUGCUGGCCAGCAUGAUCUUCAGGAAGGAGCCCUUCUUCCAUGGACAUGAUAACUAUGAUCAGCUGGUAAGAAUAGCCAAAGUCCUUGGAACUGAAGACCUCUAUGAUUACAUUGACAAAUACAACAUAGAACUUGAACCCCGCUUCAACGACAUCCUCGGAAGGCAUUCUCGCAAGCGAUGGGAACGCUUUGUCCACAGUGAGAACCAGCACUUGGUGAGUCCUGAGGCCCUGGAUUUCCUGGACAAGCUGCUGCGGUACGACCAUCAGGCCAGGCUAACUGCACGAGAGGCCAUGGAACACCCUUACUUCUAUCCUGUUGUAACGGACCAGUCUCGGAUGGUAGGCUCCACCAACGUGCCAGCAGCUAACAGUGCAGUGAGCACAGCCAGCAUGAUCACAGGAAUAGCUGCACUCCCAGCUUCCACGGCCCUCGGCCCCCUGGCGGGUUCACCAAUCCUCACAGCUGCCAACAACCUGAGCACUCCCGUGCCAGCCACUGCGGGUGCCCCCCAGUAAUGCCGCUUGUGCCUGCUUACUUGACUUCCCAUGGCCCCUGUGAUCAGGUGAUGAGUCACUUGCCAGUUUGCCAGGGCACACCCACCACCUCUUGGUUCAGGGUGCGGGGAGCCUCUGGGAUGACACCCCCACCCAACCCCACCCCCCAACCCUGGGUCUCCUAAGCUUCACCUGAACUUAAACAAACUCUGUACUCGUUGGACAGUUUACCUGAAAACAUGGACUGUAUGAACUACUUUGUGUCUGAGAGAAUGCGUGUGUGCGUGUGUUGCCGACAGGUUCUUGUGGCAGGUGUGUCCUGGAGUGCAAGUGUAAAAGUUUGCUCGUUGUUCAAAAAGCGUUUAACACGCAUGAGUGACAAUGAUGUUAAGCACAUUUUCCCACCAUGAUCUACAGACCACAAAACAUGAACAAGCUUAGCUUUUACUUUUAAAAGGGAUGGAACACUUUGGACCAAACUGAGGAGCACACAUAAUGUGACCUGGGCCCACAAGUAUGAACUGUCUCUUCAGUACAAAUGCUGAUUUAGGAUUGACUAAUUGCAUUCACUAGGCAAGAUGAUAAAAAACGAUCCUAGGUCAGCAUUCAUACUCCACUUUAGUGUGAAAUUCAUACCACCUUUUAACAACUGUGGCCAUAGAGUUUUAAAUGUACUGGUGCUGUAUUGCUGCAGUUUUUGUUGUUACAACACUCAAUUUGUACUCAUGAACUUACAGAGCAGUAUUUUAAGUGUAAAGCAUAUAUUUUGAUUCUGCUAUUUCAACAUUAUCAUUUGGAGUACUUGAGUGCCCACUGUGGAAAUCUGUUUAAUAUGGCAAUACGCUCUCUAAUUAAUUUUUUUUUUUUUUUUUUUUUUGCUUUUCUUUAAACUAUUACAUAUUUAUAGUUUUGAAAUUUCCAUUGUAUGGUUGUGGAAAAAUCCCAUUGAAGUUUUUGUGAUUGAACUUCUGAUCAGAAGUUCAAUCUGAUGUUUGGAAUAUUGGAUUUUGGAAUAUUGGUGAAGGGUUUUGUAAGUUAAAAACCACUGAAUAAGAAUAAUAAUAAUCUAGAAAUGUUUCUUACCCCUCUCCAUGUUUUUGCUCUAACAUGGCUAAUGGCACUACAGCAGGUAGUCACUGUUCUUAAGGGCUUGGUUUAAAACAAAAAAGUGCAAAGAAUGUGGUCCAGUGUGACCCCUGAGGACUGGGUUGAGAAACACUGUUUUAGAACAUCAAGGCUAGUGAUGUAGUACAAAAGAUAUUGCAAGAUGAUUCAUAGAUGGUGUGGUCGAAGGGUGCAAACUGCAUGUCUGGCACACAAGAUUUACCUUUACACGUGUGGCAUCUCUAUUUGCAUCUACUGUUUAGACUUCAAAAAAAAAAGUAGCACUAAUUAUACUUCAGUAUAGUUAAUUCACAAGAAAGCCCUAAGGUGGUGUGCGGUGGGGGUUUUUUUGGUGUUUUUUUUUCUCUCCUUCUCUGAGUAUUCAGGAAUGCCAGUUAGGCCGUGCUCUGGAGUGUCAUAUGAAAAUGUUUGUGCGUUUAAGGAUGUGUAUGUGAAAUUUUUUUUUUUUUUUCAUUUCAAGCUUCCACAUUUUUGUAAACAGUAUUCAGAUACAUCCAUACAAACCAAGAACAACCCAGCUAUAUAUUAUUUUUUGCAUAUGGCUGCUUAUGUAGUGUCUCUGACUCAAGAAUAAAAUCUAGUUAACUGUAAA